AUAGAAAAUGAAAGGUACAAUUUAUUGUGCCACUGGAAUGACGCAAUCAUAGUAAUUCUUUAUAAUUGGCGAAAUUCUAAUAUUGAUAGGUUGAAUAUGGCACAGAGAUAUGCAUCUUUACGUAACAACGACUUCGGGAAUGAAGAACUGGUGAAUGAACUGUCAGAUGAAGAUCCUUUACAACGUGAUGACGGUGGUGUUGAUAUCCAGGAAAUCGUUGCUGAGAUUGGACAACAUUAUUACACAUCAGCACAUGACAACUUUUCUUUCGUUCAGUCAACAAAUACUGAGGCCGACGCACAUACUGCCCUGGAAAAUGCGAUUGGCAAAUUGGAUGACCCUGAAAAGAAUUGUAACAAAAAGAGCUGUGCCAAUUGUUCAAAACCAAAGAGAGUGGAAAAUGUCUUAAGUUUAAAGAAAGGGCAGCACAUAUCGAUGCCAGGUCAAAAAUCAAACUUUUAUAUAAAAGCGAAACGAAAGCUGAAAAGAAUGUACGACCACCAUGCCAUAAUUAAAGAAAUAAAAUGUACGACAGGUACGAAAGUGUCAAUGGUUCUCAUACAUUUAGAUAGGUCAGGAGUGCACGAGGAAACCAAAGAAUUUGAUUUGAGGGAAAAAGAGAUAUAUAUUGUAGACUACGUUUUCCCUAGAUACGACCCAGAUACCAUUGUGGCUAGAGCCGAAUCCAUUCUGACAAAAAAAGACAAAUUCAAAACCUACAAUUUAGUUACAGGCAAUUGCGAACAUUUUGCAACUUGGUGUGUGGUGGGAGAUGGCGAAAGUUUCCAGGUGCAAAGUCUGAGACAAAAAAUUGCAGAUGCUCUUUCGCGAUUAUUUGGUGCUGGUAGCAAAAUUGCAAAGGGUAUACUUCGAUUAUUAUUUGUUUCAUCAGAUGAAAUUGCCAGUGGUCUUAGUAAAGCAGUACCAGAGUUAGUUCUUGGUGGAGCAGCAGCCUUGUAUUUAAUAUACUGUAUUAUAAUGACAGUUUUGCAUGUAAAAGAUUAUAAGAAUGGACAAAUUUGUAGGUCUUGUUUAAAGGGAAAGUUGUUAGACUUGUGGCUAACAUUUGGAGCGUUUGGACUGACAUCAAUCAUUACUUUCCUCAUUUUACACUUUGUUGUUCCCGCAAUGGUUCCUGCAGUCGGAAUACCCCUUAUAAUUCUAUUAGUCCUGCUUGCAGUCGCAUUUCAAAUGAUUGUGCCGAGAUUAAGGAAAGCGCUGAGCUCUCCAUUUUCUGUUGACCGUGUUAAGGUGGUAAAUUUAGGGCAAAUUGGUAUUGGUGAUGUGCUUUCACAUCGCUAUUAUGGUGUUAAACAUUCAAGUAUUGUAACGGAGGUCAAGGUCGAAAAUGAUAAAAAGACAAAAGGGCGAAUUCGGUUGGUCCAUUAUGGAUCUUCGGCAAUAUUUGGAACGAAAAAGAUUGUUGAGGAAUAUAUUGAAAUUGAUAUACAUAAAUCACGCAUUUAUGUAUUGAAUUGCAAACCUUUGUGCACAUUUGAAUCUGACAUUGUUGUAAGUCGAGCGAGAAGUCGAAUUGGUGAGUCUAAAUGGGCCAUAUUUUCAAAUCGCUCUGAUCAUUUUUCAUAUUGGGCCAAAGUUCAACAGUACAACAAUGACUUUUUUGACGAAAUAUCUAAUGAAGAAAUCAGAAGACCAAUGUCAAGGACAGAAGCGUCACUCUUCAUAGAAAAAAGAGAUAUUCAUCGCGUAGAAGAUCUAAAAAUAGGUGACGUGGUUCAAAGUAAUGUUAUUGGAAUAAUCGAUGAUACAGGCAUACUAUCUUCAAUAAGAUAUUUGGAUGGCCAAGAUGGACGUAAAUUUGAAAUAGAGGUUUAUACAUAUUCGUUUUCCUGGACUAUAAUUCGUAAAAAAUAUACUGUUGACCUUAAUAAAGAUAGCUUAAACGUAAAAGUAUAUAAUCCUUCACAAUGCCAGACUAUGGAACAACGUGUGAAAAAUGCGCGGGACGUAGAGAACGAUAAAGGUUUAUGGUGGACCACAGAGGGCUUUAUUGAACAUUGCAUUGAACUCAAAUCGGAUUGAACACUUAUCUUUCAUAAAUCAAACAAAACGAGCUAUGAUGUUAUAAGUUAUAUUCAUCAAACGUCUUCCAUUCUAGAUUUAUAAACACGCACAUUUGUUUUAAUAUAAACUGCUUUGAAGACAUUAAGUUUUUAGACAACAACUUGAGUAUACGUGUGUUCAUCGCUAUGGAAUGGUUCCAAAUAAGGUUCCGUACACAAUGGAAAGUUGGAAUUGAUUUGGGAGUUAUAUCCGUAAAUGUGGUGCAAAAUUGGUGACAAAAACUUGUUUCAGAACAUUGACAAUAACUUGAGUUUAAGUGUAUGACUUUCUAUGAAAUAUCACCACAAGAUUCCAUACUAAAAUAGUAAGGUUGGGAUUGAUUUGGAGGGUAAGGUCCCAAACUGUCCCAAAAAAAGAAAUGGACCGAAAAAUACUGUUCUAAUACUUUGUAUAAAUAGCUUAUUUUCUGAACAAUUUUA